AUGGACGGCUCGCACUACUCGUCUAAUGUGAUUAACGGCACAUCGACUCCGUCCUAUCCAUCAUCGGCCGCUUCUACGCCCCAGAACAAUCUUCAACCCCAUACCCUCCCGCCACUGCAGCACCAGCAGCACCAGCACAACUCGCAGCAUCCGCAGCACCACCAACAGCAGCAGGGCAACGGUAUUAUGCAAAACGGUACCCCGUACGGCAGCUACCCGCACACGCCGCGCACCCCGGCUACUCCCAACACCCCGGGCCCUACCAUGAACAACUACCCUCCUCCUCCGAACACCAACGGUGGCCGUGGCUCGUACCAGAUGAUGCCGGGUAACUACCAGCCUACCCACCAGUACGCACCAACGUCGUCUGCCAUGCUGCCGCAGACCACCACCGCCAUGGCUCACCCGCAGCCGAUCGCACCUGCCCCUGCGCCAGGCAACCGGGGCCCUCCGAUUCUGCGCCCCAUGCCCGCUAACGGUGUCAUGCCGCAGCAGGGCAUGCAGUCGCCCUACACUCAGAGCCCUCUGAUGCCUCAGAACAUGCUUCCGGAUAACGAGCCGCCUACUCAUGUAGUUGGCUCUCAAGGCCGCCGCGGCAUCCUCCCCAGCGCCCCCGGCAGACCUGCUCCUCCCGCAGCCGGAUCGGUUACCAAGAACCAGAUCCCGCAGAAGGAUGCGGACGGCAAGUUCCCGUGUCCUCACUGCACGAAGACGUACCUGCACGCCAAGCACCUAAAGCGCCACCUCCUGCGUCACACCGGCGAUCGCCCGUACAUUGCUCGAUUCGCCGCGGAAACCCGACCGGUGUCAGCCAUCUGUCGCACCCCCACGCCGCACGUCAAGAAAAGUCAGCAGCAGCAGCAGAAGCAUCUGGCUGAGUCGGGUGACAUGAACCACAUUAACGGCAUGGGCAAUGUUCAGGGCGACGGCAUGGUCCACCCUUUCGGCCUGAUCCCUGCGCCAGCCGAUGGCUUGCAGAACAACAUGCCCAACGACCAGUCUGCGCAAAUUUCGCGGUCCAACAGCAUGUCCCGUAUUGACCCGGCCACUACUGACCCGAACCAGCGCACCGCUGCCCCUACUGCCCAGCGUGGUGUCACUAACGGUGCUCCUGCCCCGGCUAAUGGCCAGAAUGGCCAGGGCUACGACCAGUCCGCUGCCUACAACGGCGCUGGCAUGAACCCCCAGCUGGCCAAUUAUAACAUGAAUGCCAGCCAGAACGGCAUGCCCAUGUUCGCCGGACAAAACCCUAACCCCCAGUCGGGACUUGAUUGGUCCUCGAUGUUCCAGGCCGACGCAGAACGCAACCAGCCUAGAAACUAA